ACAAAAUUCAAAAAUGAUAAAUUCAAAGUCUUUUUCUACCGGAAUUCACACCCAAUUCUACCUGCCCUCAAAUUCAUUCAAUCUAUCCCCAUCACGCAAUCUUUCCUUCAAUUUCAAAAACCCAUUAAUAUCGAUCAGGAAAACUCUUGACCGACUAUCUAACGCCUCCGCAACAGACUGCGUGUACACGCAGUCAAAUGCAGAGACGUUGUAUGACUUGUUGGGUGUCCCAAAGAGUGGGACACCCAGCGAGAUCAAACGAGCUUACAAACAAAUGGCGUUGAAGUACCAUCCGGACGUGUCGCCCCCGGACCAGGUUGACGAAUAUACAACCAUGUUUAUCCGGGUCCAGGAAGCGUACGAGACGCUAUCCGACCCGGAGUCUCGAGCUGUGUAUGAUUGUAAUUUGGCGAAGGGCUUGCACUUGGCUUUCAACGUUAAGAAAGGGUCCCGGUCCGAGCCGAGGUCGGAGGAGAUGGCGCGGUGGAAGCAGUCGUGGGAGGUGCAAGUGGAGGAGCUGAAGCGGCGGAGCACGGCGGAGACGGAGAGAAUGGGUCCGGGUGGUAGGAUGUCGUGGGCCGCAAGGAUCCGAAAGCAACGGGACUAACUAUUAGCAACGGGCUUAGAAAUUUUACUUUUUAGUGUACGUGAAUUAAUGGGAAUUGGGAAGUCAAUGGAUCAUAUUUACAAACAUUAAUAA